AACAGGACAUGUGCUCAGGCACACUGCAUAGGUGUACUGUUCCAUUCAUUUGGUCCGCUCGCUCGUAUACUUUCUAGCAUUUACAAGAGGAUUCAAAAUGUUUUCCCUUUUAAUUUUUGCGUCGUGAUUUUUUUUGGACUGUGUUUUUGAGGUCUUUUGGUACUUUUUUCCAUGCCAUCUUUUCCUCAGAAUUAGACAGAGAAGGUAGGAGGAGCUAAACGGAGUGCUGCACUCUCUUUCCCUUACUCACAUACACACACUCCUCUCUCUCGCUUUCGCUCUCCCUCUCUUCCAUUCUGUCAUUGCCUUCUCGGAAGAACAGACUGUUCACGUCCCAGCCAGCUCGGUUGUGGAAAGAAUACUUUCUUAACUGUGUUAGAGGAAAACCAAAACUUCUGGAAAACCUUGGAAUGCCUUUUACGACAUAUUGUUUUUGUAUUUUUAAAAAGGAAAAAGCAAACAGAAGAAGCUAAAGAAAGACACUACAACUAAAGGAAUACUUGUUGUCUAAUUGAAUAGCCCGUGGCAGCUUGUUUUGCCACUGGAUCAUUUCACGUACCAACAAGUGAGGCCAUUCAGUAAACUUUCACUCUUGAAGAACUUUUCAGCUCCUUGCUGUUCCUCAUCCUGAAAGAGAAGUAGAACAUACAGCACAAUGGUAGCGGGAAUGGUGAUGCCCCUCAGGGAUCUGAGGGCCAUCUAUGAGCUCCUGUUUCGAGAUGGUGUGAUGGUGGCCAAGAAGGACAAAAGGCCACAGACAAAACAUCCUGAGAUACCAGGCAUCAGCAACUUACAGGUGAUGCGGGCCAUGCUCUCCCUCAAGUCCAGAGGCUAUGUGAAGGAAACGUAUUCCUGGAGGCAUUUCUACUGGUACCUCUCAAAUGAGGGCAUUGUUUACCUACGUGACUAUCUGCGCCUACCUGCAGAGAUCGUCCCUGCCUCCCUACAGAGAGUAAAGAGACCAGCAGCAAUGCUUCCCAUCUCCCGUCGUGGUGCACAGGUCCAGACCGUUGAAGGCCCUACGUCGUAUGUACCGAAGCCAGGGGGUAGGCCUGGGUCAGAAAGCCGUGAGGGGCUAGCUGAGCGCCAGGGCUACCGCCAUAAGAUGGCAGAGGGAGAAGAGGAAGGGUACAGGGAUAGAACCCCUAGGUUCAGAGGUCGCCCAGCUGCUGCUGAGCCAGCCAGACCAAGAGCAUCAUGGGAAACAAUGGACCAGCCUCAACAGCUCUAUAUGAAAGGCAGGGGCUUCAGCAAUAGAGAUGCCAAUGCUGGUGAAGGCCAGGCUAAAAUAGCCUACAUGUCUUCUCAGCAGACUGCUGCUGUCAGCAGCAACAAGCCCCUCUUCACCUCACAACAGAGUCCAGUGUCUGAGAUCUUUGUUGGAAAGGCCCAUGUGGUGCAGGCUAAGAAGGCUAAAGAUCAAACCCACUCCUCAACACAGGUAACUGUGUGUGAGAGUGUAUCCUCAAAGGCUUCUCUUCAGUUUUCUGCCAACGAAACAAAGAAAGACAAGGCUAAAGAAGAUCUUAUACAGCAUAGUGAAAUUAAAUACUCAUCCGCUCCUCUCACAAAAAAAGUGAAAGAAGAGAAGAGUAGUGUGGAAAAUGCCUCUCCUCUAAUAAAGGAUGCAGAGGUGAAGGCCCCUGUUGAAACUGUAGUUGUUAAAGAGAAGCCUCAGAAGGUAACUAAUAGGCCUGAACAUCAGGAGAUCCCUAAACUUUCUGAAGAUCACAAAACCACCAGCAAGCCUGCUAUCUCCACUCAACCCCCCAGAGAGAUUAAACAAGAACAAAGAGAAGUAAAGAUGGUUCAGGAACCAAUUGGACCUGCACAAAGGACCACAACAGCUGAAUGUUCUAUCACUAGAAUCACCAAAGUAACUACAACUCAGGGCAAGCUGAAUCCUGUAGCUGGAAAGACCCCAAACAAGCCACUUCUGAAAGCAGAUCCCAUUAAGGAGGAAAAGCGAUCAACAAUUGUAGUAGCUCAGAAGCUUGAUGAAUCUCCAGCAGAGAGUCUCCCUGUAAAAGCUUUGCCGCAGAAGGUUAAUAAAGAGAUUACUUUGGAACCCCCAACAUCAGAAGUUGAAACUGUCCGGAAAACAGUGGAUAUCUCAUCACAAACGAGCACUGCUAUGGAGACAAAGAGUAAAGGGGAUAUUAUCGAGAAAAGUGUGGAAGAAGCUGAAAAACCAUUGAUGUUUUCUGAAGUUUCUGCUCCCUUAGAACAAAAAGCUGGAUUGCUGAAAAAGGAAUGCUCUCCUGAUCAGAAUAAUGCUAGCAUUGUCUUAGCAGAGAUUCCUGCUGGAGAAGACAUUGAGAAUGAAACAAGCUCCAAAUUAAAAAAGAAAAAGAAGAAAUCCUCACGUGAGAAAGCUACGACACCCAAGGCUGCAGAAAUACCUUGCGUCAAGAUGACUGCAGAUAAGGCUCCUGUCAACCAGGCUUCAUUGGAUGUUACACAAGAUACAUCUGAAACACCAACACUGCCACCCAGAGUUCACCUUGAGGGACCGUCAAAUGCUGAAAAUAAGUUAGAAGCCAAAAUGUCUAUUGAGGUGAAUUUAUCUCCUGAACCAAUUGUGGACCAGACUGUCUCUAAAUCAUUUGUUGCUCUCGCUGCAGUGCCCCCAGUGGAGAUUCAAGGCACUGCAGAAGUAAAAGACAAGGUUGAGGGAACACGUUUUAGCAAAGUUCCACAGGGAACACUUUACUCAAAAGAUGGGGUCACCAACACCAACCUGACUGUAAAAACCCACCAGGAAACUUUGACAUCCGAAACAGAAAUACUGACUGUCACUAGAAUGGAAACUGUAACUGUGCACAAGACGGUAACUGUUGAAGAGACUCUAGAAAACACUAAACCUGUUGAGAAAGCCACUGUAGUACUUUCAGGAUCAAAGGAAAUGAUUGAGGAGUGUGAGGUGAAAGCCCCUGCUGCAUUAAGCAUUGUGGUUGAGGAAUCUUCAAAAGGCAAAAAGAGAGGGAAAGCGAAAAAGCAAGCUCAGGCCCGCAUUCAAGCAACCAUAAACACAGAGGCUGUCUCCCCUCCUGCAGAAGAGCCACUUUCCUCCACUGAUGUACUUUCUCUGCCCCAGGCCAUUGCUCCCACUGCCGUGGUCACAGGGCAAACUGAUGGCCAUCCAACGAUUACUCCUGAAAGAAUGUGCAGUGAAGAAAUCAGACAGGCAACAGCUGUGUUCACUGAGGCCCCGGCAGACAAAGGGGAGGAGGAGCCAGCUCCGCUCUCUGUGAAAAAAAUCAAGCGGGAGGUCCCGAAACCAAAAACAUCCUCCUCUGUGAGGGAAGCACCCGCAGCCAGAGAUUUAGCGUCAGCAGUACCAGCAGUAGCUGCAGAGCCGACUGGAGCAAAGGCACAGGCCAACCCGUCUCUCAAGCAAGGGGAGAUUACAGGAGCUGCAGAACUACAUUCUGCUGCUCAGGCAGGAAAGCAGAGGGCAGAAAAUAAAGCGUUCUCAGUCCCCCAGGCCCCUGUGCCACAAGACCAACGAAAGGACUUGAAGGAGGACACACCCUCUGUCACUGCCACACCUGAUUCCUCCCAGGCACACCUCGUGGACAGCUGUCAUUCUCUUGGUCCAGAAGCAGACGAGGCCAACAUGAGGAGGAAGAUUGUAGUCGUGGAAGAGAUCAUUGAGGUGAAGCAUAUAGCUGGCCAUCAAGAUGGGGCCCAACCACCUUCAGCAGCUGUCAAACCUGAGGGGGAAGUUGAGGAGGAAGAGGAACUGGACCUGGACGUCCUGGAAGAACUUGCCAUUGAACGAGCGCUCGUGAACGCCGCUCCGCCUGUGUGCACAUAUGGCGCCUCACCUGAGGAAGACUGGGACCAUACUCUGGAGGAUCCUGAGGAGAAAACCUGGCCUAACUUCAUAGAAGAUGAACGGGAUCGAGUACAGAAAAAGACCUUCACAAAAUGGGUCAACAAGCAUCUGAUAAAGCAUUGGAGUGUGGAGUCGCAGCGUCACGUGUCUGACCUCUAUGAGGAUCUCCGAGAUGGACAUAACCUGAUCUCCCUCCUGGAGGUCCUCUCUGGGGAACACCUGCCCAGGGAGAAAGGGCGCAUGCGUUUCCACAAACUGCAGAAUGUACAGAUAGCGCUGGAUUUCCUGAGACUCCGCCAGGUCAAGCUGGUGAACAUCAGGAACGAUGACAUUGCAGACGGGAACCCCAAGCUGACGCUUGGCCUGAUCUGGACCAUCAUCCUCCAUUUCCAGGUCUCCUGCUCUAUCUCAGACAUCCAGGUGAACGGCCAGUCUGAGGACAUGACGGCCAAGGAGAAGCUGCUGCUCUGGUCCAAGACGAUGACGGAGAACUACCAGGGCAUGCGCUGCGACAACUUCACCACUAGCUGGCGGGACGGCAAGCUCUUCAACGCCGUCAUCCACAGGCACCAGCCCAGGCUCGUGGACAUGGGUAGAGUGUAUCGACAGACCAACCUGGAGAACCUGGAACAGGCCUUCAACGUGGCUGAGAAAGACCUGGGGGUUACCCGCCUUCUGGACCCAGAGGAUGUGGAUGUUGCUCACCCUGAUGAGAAGUCCAUCAUCACCUAUGUGUCCUCGCUGUACGACGCCAUGCCCCGCAUCCCUGAGGCACAGGAAGGCCACCUGGAGCUACGCUGGCAGGAGUACUAUGAGCUGGUCACCCUGCUGCUGCAGUGGAUCCAACACCACAUCACCAUCUUCGGGGAGAGGAAGUUCCCCGGCAGCUAUGAGGAGAUCGAGAUCCUGUGGCGCCAGUUCUUAAAGUUCAAAGAGACAGAACUGCCUGCAAAAGAGCUAGACAAGAACCGCUCAAACCAGAUCUAUCAAACCUUUGAGAGCGCGGUGCGUGCGGGCCAGGUGAAGGUGCCCCCAGGUUACCACCCCAUCGACGUGGAAAAGGAAUGGGGACGCCUGCACUCUGCCUGCCUGGAUAGAGAAAAGCUGCUCAGAAUAGAGUUCGAAAGACUUGAGAGGCUCCAGAGGAUCGUCACCAAGGUCCAGAUGGAGUCGGGAGUCUGUGAGGAGCAGCUCAACCAGCUGGACAGCCAGAUGCAGACAGACCUCCGUCUGCUGAAUUCAGGGAAACCAGCCCGGUACACAGCAGAGGUGGAGCGGGACCUGGAUAAGGCCGACGGCAUGAUCCGCCUGCUCUUCAACGACGUGCAGUUCCUGAAGGACGGGCGCCACCUGCAGUCUGAGCAGAUAUAUCGCAGGGUCUACCGCCUCCAUGAGCGCCUGGUGAACCUGCGCACGGAUCACAACCUGCGUCAGAAGACCACCCUGACGACCACCAUGCAUCAAAUAUCCCAGGUUAGCCAGUCCUCCAAGGGGCGGCCGGAGCUGGACGGGGUCACGCUGCGCUACGCCCAGGACCUCCUGGCCUGGGUGGAGGAGAACCAGCGCCGCAUCAACGAGUCUGAGUGGGGCUCAGACCUGCCCACUGUGGAGUCCAACCUGGGCAGCCACCGGGGUCUCCACCAGAGCGUUGAGGACUUCCGGGCCAAGAUCGAAAGGGCCAAGACUGAUGAGGGACAGCUGUCUCCUGUUAGUAAGGGAGCAUACAGAGAUUACCUGGGUAAACUGGAACUUCAGUACGCCAAACUACUGAACUCCUCCAAGUCGCGCCUGAGGAACCUGGAGUCUCUGAACGGCUUUGUCAGCGCCGCCACUAAAGAGCUGAUGUGGCUCAAUGACAAAGAGGAGGAGGAGGUCAACUUCGACUGGAGCGACAGAAACUCCAACAUGACCGCCAAGAAGGACAACUACUCGGGUCUGAUGCGGGAGCUGGAGCUUAGGGAGAAGAAGAUCAACGACAUCCAGACCACCGGCGACAAACUGAUCAGGGAGGGACACCCGGGCAAGAAGACAGUGGAGGCCUUCACAGCUGCGCUGCAGACUCAGUGGAGCUGGAUCCUUCAGCUGUGCUGCUGCAUCGAGGCUCAUCAAAAAGAGAACACUUCCUACUACCAGUUCUUCGCCGAUGUGAAGGAGUCUCAGGAGCAGAUGAGGAAGAUGCAGGAGAACAUGAAGAAGAAGUACAGCUGCGACCGAGCCACCACCGCCACGCGCCUGGAAGACCUUCUGCAGGACGCUGCGGAGGAGAAGGAGCAGCUGAACGAGGUUAAGACCAACGUGAGCAGCCUGAACAAGAGGGCUCGCACCAUCAUCCAGCUGAAGCCUCGCAACCCCACCACCGCCAUCAAAGGAAAGCUACCCAUCCAGGCCGUCUGCGACUUCAAGCAGGCUGAGAUCACAGUCCAUAAGGGAGAUGAGUGUGCUCUGCUCAACAACUCUGCGCCUUUCAAGUGGAAGAUCCUGAACCGAUCGGGCAACGAGGCCGUAGUGCCCUCCGUGUGCUUCAUGGUUCCUCCGGUCAACAAGGAUGCUAUGGACAGUGUGGCUAGUCUGGACGCAGGCCACCAGCAGAUGGUGACUAUGUGGCAGCAGAUGCACAUCGACAUGAAGGGUCUGCUGUCAUGGCAGUACCUGAUGAAGGACAUCACAGUGAUCCGCGCCUGGAACAUCACCAUGUUCAAGAGCAUGAAGCAAGACGAGUACCGGCUGAUGAUCCGGAACCUGCAGCUCCACUACCAGGACUACCUCCGUGACAGCCAGGACUCCCAGCAGUUUGGACCCGACGACCGGCAGCAGGUGGAGGGGGAGUACAACAAGACCACUCAGUACUUUGACAACCUGCUCAGCUCCAUGGAGAAAGGGUCAGUGGUUUUUAAACCCAAAGGUGAGCAAUAUGAGUCCGUGUGCAAGUCGUACACCUCCCAGCUGAAGGACCUGCGUGUGCGUAUCGAGGACUGUGAGACACACACAGUCAACCGCAUCCGCAGGCCCCUGGGAGAGGAGCCCCUGAAGGAAUGCCUUCUCAAGACCAGCGAGCAGAAGAAAGAGCACAACGAACUGGACCGCAUCAAGAAGGAGGUGGACACGGUGUCCCUGAAGACCCAGGAGGUACUGUCCUCCCCCCAGCAGCCCGCGUCAGCCCCGGCCCUGCGCUCCGAGCUCCAGGUCACCGUGCAGAAGAUGGACCACGCCCACAUGCUCUCCUCCGUUUACCUGGAGAAGCUGAAGACAGUGGAUGUGGUGAUCCGCAGCAGCCAGGGGGCCGAGGGCGUGCUCAAGAAGUACGAGGAUAAGCUGCGUGACGUCCAGACCGUGCCCAAUGACGUCAAGGAGGUUGAGACCUGCCGGGCCGAGCUCAAGAAACUGCACGCGGCGGCCGAGUCGGAGCAGCCGGCCUUCGAGUCCCUGGAGACGGAGCUAAAGAAGGCGUCGGGGGCCAGCGACCGCAUGUCGCGCGUGCACAGCGAGCGCGACGUGGAGCUGGACCACUACCACCGGCACCUGUCCGGGCUGCAGGACCGCUGGAGGGCCGUGUUCACCCAGAUGGACCUGCGCCACAGGGAGCUGGAGCAGCUGGGCCGCCAGCUGGGCUACUACCGCGAGAGCUACGCCUGGCUCAUCCAGUGGAUCGGAGACGCCAAGCAGAGGCAGGAGAAGAUCCAGGCAGUGUCCAUCAGCGACAGCAAAACACUGAAGGAGCAACUGGCCCAGGAGAAGAAACUACUGGAGGAGAUUGAGAACAACAAGGACAAGGUUGAUGAGUGUCAUAACUACGCAAAGGCCUACAUUGACACCAUCAAGGACUAUGAACUCCAGUUGGUGGCCUACAAAGCUCAAGUGGAACCCCUCACGUCACCCAUGAAGAAGAACAAGAUGGACUCCGCUUCUGAUAACAUCAUCCAGGAGUACGUGACGCUGAGGACACGCUACAGCGAGCUGAUGACCCUCACCAGCCAGUACAUCAAGUUCAUCACCGACACACAGCGCCGCCUGGAGGACGAGGAGAAAGCUGCCCAGAAACACAAAGUGGAAGAGCAGAAAAAAUUUGCAGAAAUACAGGCCGAGUUAGCAAAACAAAAACAGUUAGCUGAAUCACACGCAAAGGCAAUUGCAAAGGCAGAGCAAGAAGCCCUGGAGCUAAAGCUCAAAAUGCAGGAAGAAGUCAGCCGGCGAGAUAUUGUCGCUGUUGAUGCACAGAAUCAGAAGCAAAACAUCCAGCAGGAGCUGCAUGAGCUCAAAAACCUCUCAGAGCAGCAAAUAAAGAACAAAAGCCAACAAGUGGAUGAAGCCUUAUAUAGCCGCACUAAGAUCGAGGAAGAAAUCCGCAUCAUUAGAAUUCAACUUGAGACAACAGUAAAACAGAAGUCUGUUGCAGAGUCUGAGCUACACCAGCUUCGUGACAAGGCAGAGGAGGCUGAGAGACUCAGAAAAGCAGCUCAAGAAGAGGCAGAGAAGCUCCGCAUACAAGUCAACGAAGAGACGCAUAAAAAACGCGCAGCGGAGGAGGAACUCAAACUGAAAUCAGAAGCUGAGAAGGAGGCUGCCAAGCAAAAACAACGGGCCCUUGAAGACCUGGAAAACCUCAAGAUGCAAGCAGAGGAGGCCGUGCAACAAAUGAAGCAGGCAGAAAUAGAGAAGGAAAGGCAAAUCAAGGUGGCCCACCAAGCAGCCCAGAAGAGCGCAGCUGCUGAGCUCCAAAGCAAGCGCAUGUCCUAUGUGGAGAAGACUACCAAGUUGGAGGAAUCCCUCAAACAAGAGCAUGGCACUGUUCUCCAGCUGCAGCAAGAUGCAGCAAGACUCAAGAAGCAACAGGAGGACGCUGAGUCUGCCAGGGAGGAGGCUGAAAAAGAGCUUGAAAAGUGGCGUCAAAAAGCCAACGAGGCCCUCCGUCUGAGACUCCAGGCUGAGGAAGAAGCCCAGAAAAAGACUGUUACCCAAGAAGAAGCAGAAAAACAAAAGGAGGAGGCAGAGCGUGAGGCCAAAAGGAGAGCCAAAGCAGAGGAGUCUGCCCUGAAACAGAAGGAGAUGGCCGAAAAUGAACUUGAGAGGCAGAGGAAGCUGGCUGAGGGAACAGCUGAGCAGAAACUCAACGCAGAACAAGAGCUGAUCCGCCUGAGGGCAGACUUUGACCAUGCUGAACAACAGAGGUCUCUUCUCGACAAUGAACUUUACCGCCUGAAGAACGAAGUGGUUGCUGCCCAACAACAAAGAAAACAACUGGAGGAUGAGCUGGCCAAAGUGCGCAGUGAAAUGGAUCUGCUUAUUGAAUCAAAAAACAAGGCGGAAAAAGAGAGCAUGUCUAAGACCGAGAAGAGCAAGCAACUCCUGGAGAACGAAGCUGCCAAAAUGAAGGACCUAGCUGAGGAGGCAGGCAAACUGAGAUCAAUUGUCGAAGAGGCAAAGCGCCAACGUCAAGUCGCCGAGGACGAAGCUGCUCGCCAGAGAGGAGAAGCUGAAAGGAUCCUCAAGGAGAAGCUUGCUGCCAUUAACGAAGCUACCCGCUCAAAAACAGAGGCUGAGAUCGCCCUGAAAGAGAAGGAGGCUGAAAAUGAAAGACUCAGGCGUCAUGCUGAAGAUGAGGCUUACCAAAGGAAGGCACUUGAAGACCAAGCCAACCAGCACAAACAAGACAUCGAAUUGAAGAUAGUCCAGCUCAAGAAAUCCUCUGAGGUUGAAAUGGAGAGACAAAAGGCGAUCGUGGAUGACACUCUGAAGCAGAGAAGAAUUGUGGAAGAAGAGAUCCGAAUUCUUAAGGUCAACUUCGAAAAGGCCUCUUCCGGAAAGCUUGAUUUGGAGCUUGAGCUCAACAAACUGAAAAACAUUGCAGAAGAAACUCAACAAAGUCGACUUCGAGCUGAAGAAGAGGCAGAAAAACUCCGGAAGCUUUCCCUUGUAGAGGAGCACAGAAGAAGGGAAGCCGAAGAAAAGGUGAAGAAAAUCGCGGCCGCAGAGGCAGAAGCUGGCAGGCAACGCAAGAUUGCCCAAGACGAGGUUGAGCGUCUGAAAAAGAGAGCUGAAGAAGCCAGAAAGCAGAAGGAGGAGGCUGACAUGGAAGCAGAAAAACAGAUCAUCGUAGCCCAACAGGCAGCCCAGAAGUGCAGCGCGGCUGAGCAUCAAGUUCAAAGUGUCCUCGAGCAACAACAAGAAGACAACAUCGGGCAGCAAAAACUCAAAGCGGAGUAUGAGAAGGCCAAGAAACUAGCCAAAGAGGCAGAAGCUGCUCGGAAGAAUGCAGAAAAUGAGGCUGCUCUCCUACGUCAACAAGCAGAAGAGGCAGAGCGCCAAAAACUGUUGGCUGAACAAGAAGCUUUAGUUCAACAAAAAGCCCAGGAGGAUGCAGAGAGGUUGAGGAAGGAGGCUGAAUUUGAAGCUGCUAAAAGAGGACAGGCCGAGGCUGCUGCACUCAAACAGAAAGAACGGGCUGAUGCCGAAAUGGCAAAGCACAAGAAACUGGCAGAGCAAACUUUGAAGCAAAAAUUCCAAGUGGAACAAGAGCUUACAAAGGUUAAACUUCAGCUUGAUGAAACAGAUAAGCAGAAAUAUGUCUUGGAUGACGAGCUCCAACGCUUGAAAGAUGAGGUUGGCGAUGCGGUCAAGCAAAAGGCCCAAGUGGAGGAGGAGCUUUUCAAAGUAAAGGUCCACAUGGAGGAGCUGCUCAAACAGAAACUAAGAAUAGAAGGGGAAAACCAGCGCCUUAUCAAAAAAGAAAAUGAGAACACGCAGAAAUUCCUUGCAGACAAGGCUGAGAACAUGAAGAAGCUUUCUGAGGAGGCCGCCAGACUGAGUGUGGAAGCCCAAGAGGCGGCCCACCUGAGACAAGCGGCGGAAGAUGAGCUUAGUCAGCAAAGAGCUCUUGCAGAGAAGAUGCUCAAAGAAAAAAUGCAAGCCAUACAAGAGGCCUCCACACUGAAAGCCGAGGCCGAAAUGCUUCAGAGACAAAAGGACCAGGCUCAAGAACAAGCUCAGAAACUGCUCAAGGACAAACAGCUCAUGCAGCAGCGUCUCCAAGAAGAAACUGAGGGCUACCAGAAGUCUCUUGAGGCGGAGAGGAGAAGAAAACUGGAGAUCAUAGCUGAGGCAGAAAAACUCAAACUCGAGGUUUCUCAACUUAGUGACGGUCAGAGCAAAGCCCAAGAGGAGGCGAAGAAGUUCAAGAAGCAAGCUGACACGAUCGCUGCCAGGCUUCAUGAGAUAGAGAUAAAAAACCUAGAGGUUCAGCAGUUCAGCAGUAAAGAGGCCGGUGACUUACGCAAAGCUUUUGCAGACCUAGAGAACGAGAAGGAUAAACUGAAAAAGGAAGCCGAAGAACUUCAAAAUAAAUCCAAAGAGAUAUCUGAUGCUCAGCAAAAACAGAUUGAGCACGAGAAAACAAUGCUCCAGCAGUCUUUCCUGUCAGAGAAGGAGAUGCUCCUUAAGAAAGAAAAACUCAUUGAAGAUGAGAAGAAGAAACUGGAAAGCCAGUUUGAAGAAGAGGUCAAAAAGGCCAAAGCCCUCCAAGAUGAGCAGGAGCGCCAAAGACAGCUGAUGGAGGCAGAGAAGAAAAAGCUCCAGGCCAACAUGAAUGCUGCCCUCAACAAGCAAAAAGAGGCUGAGAUGGAGAUGCUUAACAAGCAAAAGGAGAUGCAAGAAUUAGAGAGGCAGAGGCUUGAGCAGGAACGGGUACUCGGAUUGGAGAACCAGAAUUUGCGUGACAAACUAGAGCAGCUUGAGAGAGAUCAGAAAAACAAAGAGCUUGAAAUUCUGGCUCAAAAAGCAACUGAAGCUCAGAUGGUGGUUCCAACAAAGAGUGUCCAAAAUGGCCAAGGUGUAGAUGCUGUAGACAGUGGGAAGGCAGAUCCUCUGUCUUUCGAUGGCAUUCGAGAAAAGGUUCCAGCCAGCAGGCUUCAUGAGGUUGGCCUCCUGACCAAAAAAGAGUUUGACAAGCUGAAGAAGGGCAAAACCAACGUGCAAGAUCUUGGACAGUCUGAAAAACUCAAAGGAAUCCUCAAAGGAAAGAACUCUAUUGCUGGCCUGUUGUCACCGACCCAUCAGAAAAUGUCAAUAUAUCAAGCCUCAAAAGAGAAGAAGAUAACUCCAGGAACAGCUAUGAUACUUCUUGAGGCACAGGCAGCCACAGGUUACCUAAUUGACCCCAUUCAAAACAAGAAACUUUCUGUCAAUGAGGCUGUCAAGGAAAGCCUAAUAGGUCCAGAGCUGCAUAAUAAAAUGCUGCUUGCCGAAAGGGCUGUGAUUGGUUAUAAAGAUCCAUACACUGGCAGCAAAAUUUCUGCCUUUGAGGCUAUGAAGAAGGGCCUGAUUGAACACGAUCAUGCUGUCCGAAUCCUUGAGGCUCAGCUUGCCACUGGAGGCAUUAUUGACCCUAUCAAUAGCCACCGUGUUCCUAAAGAAUUAGCUUUCAAACAAGGUCACUUUGAUGCAGAAAUGAGCAAGAGCUUGGAGAAUGCUUCAGAUGACACCAAGGGAUACUUUGACCCAAGCACACAAGAACCCCUUACAUAUUCUCAGCUGAUGGAAAGGUGCGCCACUGACCCUGACACUGGUCUUUUACUCCUGCCAAUCACAGAUAAGGCAGCUCAAUGCUCAAGCAUCUUCACAGAGGAAGAGACAAAGGAUGUGUUCAGCAAAACGCAAGUGUCUGUGCCAUUCGGGAAAUUCCAAGGAAGGACUGUCACAAUCUGGGAAAUUAUCAAUUCUGAAUACUUUACAGAGGACCAGAAAAGGGACCUACUCCGUCAAUACAAGACAGGAAAAAUCACAAUUGAAAAGAUCAUAAAAAUCGUGAUAACUGUUGCUGAGGAAAAAGAGAAGAAGAAUGAGAUUGCCUUUGAUGGCCUGAGAGCACCUGUUCCUGCCACUGAACUUCUGGAAUCCAAAAUCAUCGACAAAGAUCUCUACAACAAACUUCAGACUGGAAAGAAGACAAUAGAGGAAGUGUCCGACACAAAAGACGUCAAAACCGCGCUGAAGGGCACAAACUGUAUUGCAGGGGUGAUGAUCGAGUCGACCCAAGAGACAAUGUCCUUCUAUCAAGCUAUGAAGAAGGACAUCAUGUGGCCAGCACCUGCCUUGCAUAUGCUUGAGGCCCAAGCAGGAUCAGGGUAUGUUAUUGAUCCUGUAAAGAAUCAGAAGCAUACUGUCGAUGAAGCUGUCAAAGCAGGUAUCGUUGGACCCGAGCUGCAUGAAAAACUUCUAUCUGCAGAGAGAGCUGUAACUGGAUAUAAGGACCCUUACAGUGGACAGACUGUAUCUCUGUUUGAGGCAAUGAAGAAAGAUCUCAUUCCUACAGAUCAAGGGAUGCGACUUCUAGAUGCUCAACUGACCACAGGUGGCAUCAUUGACCCUGUUAAAAGCCACCACAUCCCACAAGAAGUUGCCUGUAAAAGAGGCUUCUUUGAUAAUGAGACUAGCCAGCUUCUAAACAAACCAACAAAGGAAAAUCAACACUUCUUUGACCCCAACACGCAGGAACAAGUCACUUACUCACAGCUGUUUGCAAGAUGCAUUGUUGACAAGAAAACAGGUCUCCCACUUCUACCCCUGUCCGAUCAAGCAAUCAGUUCAAAGGAAAUUCAGAAAUAUACAGAGUCCCAGACAAAAGAGGCAUUGACUCAGGCAACUGUGGAGAUGAAUUCAGGGCCAUACAAAGGGAGAAAGAUAACCAUUUGGGAAAUUAUUAACUCUGAAUAUCUUACUGAGGAACAAAGACGUGACCUAAUCAAACAGUACAGGUCUGGGAAGAUUACAAUUGAAAAGAUCAUAAGGAUUGUGAUCACAGUUGUAGAUGAGAAAGAGGCCAAGAAAGAACAACAGGUCAGUUUCAAGGGUCUCAGAGCACCAGUCACAGCUGAAUCUCUGUUCAAUUCCAAAAUCAUUGACAAGGAAACCUUUGGCCUUAUCCAGGAAGGCAAAACAACACCUAAAGAGGUCAGUGCUAAUCCCAAUGUAAAUAAAUUCCUCCAGGGCUCUGACAGCAUUGCUGGACUGUAUCUUGAAACAUCACAAGAGAAAAUCAGCAUUUAUCAAGCCAUGAAGAGAAAUCUCCUGAGACAUGAGACUGGCCUUUCACUUCUUGAGGCCCAAGCUGCAACUGGCUUCAUUACAGAUCCAGUGAAGAACCAGUGCCUGUCUGUAGACGAAGCAGUUAAAUCAGGCCUUGUUGGCCCUGAAUUACAUGAAAAACUUCUCUCUGCAGAAAAGGCGGUCACUGGCUAUAAAGAUCCUUUCACAGGCAACAAAAUCUCACUGUUUGAGGCAAUGGAAAAAGACCUUGUUCUGAAAGAGCAUGCAAUGCCAUUUUUGGAAGCACAGAUGGUCACCGGAGGAAUUAUCGAGCCUGUUAAAAGUCACCGUGUCCCAAUUGACAUUGCUUUUAAAAUGAACAUAUUCAGUAAAGACAUUGUGAAGACUCUCUCUGAACAAUCAGAUGACAACAAAGUAUUCUCAGACCCAGAAACGGAUGGUCAUGUAACAUACAAACAGCUGAGAGAAAAGUGCACAAAAGAUCCAGAGACAGGAAUGUACCUUCUUCCCCUCUCAAAGCCCCAGUCUCCUACUCCCGUUAUUGUGGAGAAAACAUACCUCUACACUGAAGAACAAACGCAGAGUGAUCUUGCCAACACCAAAAUGGAAAUUCCAAUUGAAGGCCUGACUGGCGAGUCCAUGAAUCUCUGGGAUGUCAUGAAUUCCAAUCUUCUUCCAGAGAAGGAAAGGCAGAGGCUCAUGGAUGAGUAUCGCUCCGGUAACAUCACCAAAGAGCGCAUGAUCAUAAUCAUAAUUGAGAUCAUGGAGCAGAGAGAGAUCAUCAUGAAUGAUGGUCCCAUGUCUUGCACAACAAUAAGGAGAAGGAUAACCAUCGAAGAGCUGUACAAUGCUCGAAUCAUUAAUGUAGAGUUGUACAACCUCCUAAAGUCAGGCAAGCGAGAGGUCCGAGACGUAAUGGAAAUGACCGAUGUGAAGCAGUAUCUCUAUGGCACGGGCUGUGUUGCUGGUGUAACUACAGACACUAGUGCUAAAUUGAGCAUUUACCAAGCAAUGAAGAGAGGUUUCUUGAAGCCAGAAGUUGCUCUCAGCCUCUUGGAGGCACAAGCUGCUACAGGAUUCAUUGUCGAUCCACUUAAAAAUGAAACACUGACUGUCGACGAGGCCGUUCGCAAGGGUGUAGUUGGCCCUGAAAUCCAUGACAAACUUCUAUCAGCCGAAAGAGCGGUGACAGGAUACAAAGAUCCAUACAGUGGGAAAAUUAUCUCUCUCUUCCAAGCCAUGAAGAAGGACUUAGUGCUGGAGGAUUAUGCGCUGAAAAUGCUAGAGGCUCAAAAUUCCACCGGGGGCAUCAUAGAUCCUGAGUUCCAAUUCCAUCUGCCUGCAGACAUUGCUCUGAAAAGAGGUUACAUCAACAAGGAGACCAACGAAAGACUGAGUGAUGACGUCAAAGGAUUUGUUGACCCUGUCACAGAGGAAAAACUGUCAUAUUCUCAGUUGCUUAAGAGAUGCAAGCUGGUAGGUGGACUGCGCCUUCUGUCACUUGGAGAUAAGAGGUUGACGUUCAAGGGUUUGAGAAAACAGAUUACACUGGAAGAGCUCCUACGUUCACAGAUCAUUGACGAGGAGACGGCCACUCAGUUGAAAGAAGGUCUUAUAACAGUGGAAGAGGUUAGCGCUAGACUAUCAAGAUACCUUGAGGGAACCAGCUGUAUUGCCGGAGUGCAUGUGGAGAACACGAUGGACCGUCUGUCCAUUUAUCAGGCCAUGAAGAAAAACAUGAUCAGGCCAGGCACUGCCUUUGAACUGCUCGAGGCCCAAGCUGCCACAGGUUAUGUCAUUGAUCCAAUUAAAAACCUGAAAUUGACCGUCCACGAAUCUGUCAGAAUGGGAAUAGUUGGGCCAGAAUUCAAAGACAAGCUCCUAUCUGCUGAGAGAGCCGUUACUGGAUACAGAGACCCUUAUUCAGGCAAAACAAUUUCCCUGUUCCAAGCCAUGAAGAAGGGGCUGAUCUUAAAAGAUCACGGUAUCCGUCUCCUGGAGGCUCAGAUUGCCACAGGGGGUAUCAUUGAUCCAGAGGAAAGUCAUCGUCUGCCUGUAGAGGUGGCCUACAAACGUGGCCUGUUCGACGAGGAGAUGAAUGAGAUUCUCACUGAUCCAUCUGAUGACACCAAAGGCUUCUUCGAUCCCAACACCGAAGAGAACCUCACAUAUCUUGGACUCAUGGAGAGGUGCAUUACAGACCCAGACACCGGUCUGGUGCUUUUGCUCCUGAAGGAGAAAAAGCGUGAGGGGAAGUCAUCAUCCAAGUCAUCUGUUCGCAAGCGUAGAGUUGUCAUCGUGGACCCAGAAUCCGGCAGGGAGAUGACGGUGUACGAAGCCUACAAAAAGGGACUCAUCGACCACCAGACCUAUCUGGAGCUGUCCGAGCAGGAGUGUGAAUGGGAAGAGAUCACAAUGACGUCCUCAGAUGGCACUGUCAAAUCCGUCAUCACUGACAGGAGAUCCGGAAGACAGUACGACGUUGACGAUGCUCUUGCACGUGGUCUCAUUGACAAGAAUUCGCUUGAUACAUACCGCUCCGGAAAUUUGUCCAUCAGUGAAUUUGCUGAUAUGCUCUCGGGAACCAUGGGAGGAUUCCGUUCCCGUACAUCAUCAUUUAGUUCCACCACAGGAUCCACCUCCUCCUCUUUCGCUAUGAGUCCCCUACCCACCAUUAAAGCACCUGCGGUGAUAUGGAAUGAUCCAUCAGAAGAGACUGGGCCAAUUGCUGGGAUCUUGGACACAGAUACCCUGGAAAAGGUCUCUGUCACUGAAGCCAUGCACAGAAACCUAGUAGACAAUAUUACAGGCCAGAGGUUACUCGAGGCCCAGGCCUGCACGGGGGGUAUAAUCGACCCGACCACUGGGGAACGACUCCCUGUUCCCGAAGCAACAGAGAAAGGCCUUGUCGAUAAAAUCAUGGUUGAUCGACUUAGCCUAGCCCAAAAAGCAUACAAUGGAUUUGAAGACCCCAGAACUAAAGAAAGGAUGUCUGCUUCCCAAGCUCUUAAGAAGGGCUGGUUGUAUUAUGAGGCUGGACAGCGUUUCCUGGAGAUCCAGUAUCUCACCGGUGGUCUUAUUGAGCCAGACGUUGAAGGCAGAGUGUCACUAGAUGACUCCAUUAAAAAGGGCUCAAUUGAUGCCCGCACUGCACAGAAGCUGAGGGAUGUCAGCGCUUACUCAAAAUACAUAACUUGCCCCAAAACAAAGCUGAAAAUCUCCUUCAAAGAUGCAAUGGAUAGAUGCAUGGUGGAGGAAGGAACUGGCAUCAAGCUGCUUGAGGCCGCCUCCCAGUCUAGCAAGGGGCUCUACAGCCCGUAUAAUGUCAGUGGGGCAACGUCUGCCGCCGGCUCACGGACUGGCUCCAGGACAGGAUCUAGAACAGGCUCUCGGAGGGGCAGCAUUGAUGCAGGCUCUGGAUUUAGCAUGAACUUCUCCUCCUCUUCAUUCUCAAACUCCUCAUCCGGCUAUGGUCGUAGAUUCUAACAUGGGUUAGCCAACUACACCUUUGACAUUUUGAAAUUGACCCAGAUGACAGUGAUGCACUCUAGAUAGUUUGAUAAAUCAAUUGAGAAUGAUAGUAUAGAAUAAGAUGGAAAUUAUUUAUUUUUCCCCUUUGCAUGGCCAUAUUGGAAAUUGUCUACAUUAGGGACAUUUGUUUCAGUCUAAGCAUAUGCCUUAAGAUUUGCUAGAAUUAUCUUAGACUUUUUUGUUUAUUGCUCUAUAUAUCAAUUUAUAUUUUUAAAGCUUUUUUGCAUUAGAGAAUAGGUAAACAUGUACACUAAUGUUUUGUGAAACUAAUAUAUAUAUAUAUUAUAUGUAAGUCAAACAAAUCUAUUUUUAAAGCGUUCCUAUUUUUCUCUUAAAAUGUACGCAUACUCCCUCUAUUUUUAUCUUUUUUGACAUUAACCUGACAAGUGCCAAAACAGAUAGCGUUUUAAGAGAUUUCUGUUUUGUAUUGAGAUUGACUUUUUUUUAUAGAUGUUUAUUUUCAGUGGCGCAUACUAAGAAAUAAUCAUUUAAGUUGCAGAGAUGUUGUAUAUAUAUGAAUGGCAACCACACAAAAGAUUCACUUAAGAAUCACACACUACAGAAAAACAAAUACAAGGUUAACGAGAAAUUCUUUAUAAUCGCCUUCACGUAGGUUGCCAUCCGCCCCUUGUACUCAGUGGACUUUCACUCACCUUUGUUUUUUCAUUGCAUCCAACAUAUUACACAAUACACGACAUUCAUAUCCUUCCCCCUCGAUAAAGUUGUGGUACCAGUAAAGUGUUCCAAGGAGAUGUCAGACAUGAACCUCUUCUCCAUCAUUGACCAGCCUCCUGUUAUUUUGGCUCUUUUGUAUCAUUCAUUCAAACUCAGUCACAGGAGCACCAGCAAUUACUCGGAGGAAGCAGUCUGCUGUGGUGGCUUUCAAAGCAAUCAUCAAUCCCAUCCAGCUAUUGAGAUCUUCCAUUGAGUAAUGCUGUUUCUUCCGUUGCACAUCACAUUGGAAGAGUUGAGAGUUGAGAGCCUGACCUUCUUGGGAUACUUUUCUUGGGAAUAAUCUACAUUCACAAUUGUCAUUUAUUACUUGAAUAUUUGUGUAAAUAUGUCCUUGUGUUGAUUCAAACACUAGCAUCACACACAUACAUAUAUGGUUUAUUUGGCUUAUUGAGUUUAGCUGAAUCCAUAGUACAGUACAUCUUCAUUUAUCUAGUCUUAAGUCCACUAAGUAUUUGUAUUUCUUUUUUUCCUUUUACUGUAAACUCAGCCAAACCAAAGUGCUAUGAUAUAGUUUAUCAACUGUGGCAUCUUUGCUGCAAUAGUAUAUUGCAUGAAUGUAUGUGUUUGAUAUUAUUGCUCCAUUUCAUGUCACUUUUCACUUUGCAAUCUGAAAAUGUCAAUGCUUUACCAUUAUGUAGUUUGUUGCUCUUUUUUCCAUUUUCCAUUUUGUUUGAUUGUCAUUGUGUUUUUCAUGGUUUUUAUUUGGUAUGGUUUUGACUUGCAUGAGUGACUAAUUUUAAAAUAUUAUUUGCAAAUAAUAUUUUUUGGCAGACGUGUAAAAUAAUAAAAACUUUAAAUGUCCAAGAUUCUUCAUUCAUGACGAGGGUUAGUUAUUAAGGGUAAUUGUUAUCUGCAACUUAUUUAGACUACAUCGGGCAAACAUUUUUAUUUUAAUGGUAUGGGGAGUUGAUUCUAAUGUAUGGUUUUAAGAUUUAUUAACAUGCUAUAAUACUUUAAUGUAAAUAAACAUUAUCUGAAGAGCUUC